AUGUCAUCUCCCGGCGAAUUUUAUAACUCACUUCCACCGAUAACCAAGGCAUAUGGUACUUUGUGCCUCCUGGCUACAGUACUCUCGCAACUGGGUUUAGUUGCUCCUAUUCACAUUGCUUUCAUUCCUGAACUUGUAAUCAAGCAGUUUCAGGUGUGGAGGCUGUUUACAAACUUGUUUUUCCUCGGUGGUUUCUCUAUCAAUUUCGGAAUACGUCUUUUGAUGAUAGCAAGAUAUGGAGUUCAGCUCGAGAAAGGGCCAUUUGAAAGGCGUACGGCAGACUUUUUGUGGAUGAUGAUCUUUGGAUCCUUGACUCUAUCGUUAUUAUCAGCCAUACCAUUUUUCUGGACACCGUUCCUUGGAGUUUCGCUUGUUUUCAUGCUUCUAUAUCUCUGGAGCCGAGAAUUUCCAAACGCCAACAUCAGCCUAUACGGUCUUGUCACUCUUAAGGCUUUUUACCUCCCAUGGGCAAUGUUAGCACUCGAUGUUAUCUUCGGUUCUAAGAUCAUGCCAGAUCUCCUCGGCAUCAUAGCCGGACAUCUAUACUACUUCCUCACAGUCCUCCACCCUCUCGCCACCGGGAAAAACUACCUGAAAACCCCAAAAUGGGUUAAUAAAGUGGUAGCGAGAUGGAGAAUUGGAGCACCAGUAGCAGCGGUUCGACAAGCAGGCGGUGUAGGAGCAGGAGGACCCGGAGCUGGAGGAGGAGUGGGAGGAGGAGGUGCUUAUUCAAGCGCUCGUGCCCCACCGGAGAGCUCAAACACAGCAUUCAGAGGCAGAUCGUAUCGUCUCACCGACUGA